AUGUCUUACUCGUCUACCGAGGCCUAUGAGUGGUACGAGAACAAGGAGUACAAUAUCAGAAGGCAAACUCUGCCCAGAUUUGAGACAGACGAGCUUGGGAAACUCAUCGUUACACCUGGCGAGGUAUACUGUCGUGUUCACGUCGAUGACGAAACUGACAACCUCUGCCACAUCGACAAACGGUUCUUUAAUCGAAGCAACCUUUGUAAACACAUCAGAGUUGCACAUGGCCUAGAAAUCGCGCCUCAUCCCCUCGGCGCCUUGUCUGACCGCAGGGACCACGCGGCUUUUGCAUUCUAUUAUGGACUUCUUAAGCAAGCAGCUGGGAACAGCACAGUUAUUUCCACUUCAAAGGGGGGGAAUACGGCAGCCAAUUUCGCCGAAAAGCGUAUGGCCCACGAUAACAAUGAUGGCGAUCGGGAAAACAUGAGGGGAAUACCAAGCUAUGCUCCGGGCGUCCGGUGUGCGGGAUGCGAGGGCUCGUCUCGCCCAAGCCGGGCCUGCCCUACCACUGAGAGGGACGAAAGCUGCUUGAUAUGGGCAGCAUACGCCAAGUCUAUUGCCGGUCCCGCUGCGGCCCGCAUAGCUGCCCAAGAAGUUCGCCUUGCCUCUGAUUCCUCACACCAAGUAGGCCGUGUGCAUACAACAGAUCCAUAUCAUGCUGUUUAUGCUGAGAGGAGAGCAAAAGAUGUUGUUUCUGCUCGACAAUAUUAUCACCGAUUAAGUGAGAAACUGCGACCUGCCUCAAAAAAGCUCUAG